CGCCCCGUCACGACCAUGUGUAGCUUUAAGUUGGAAAAUUCGUUAGCAGAUACAAUGCUGGAGGUGGGUUACAGCUGGACAGAAUAUCUAGAAGGAUGUCGAGAAAGGCUGUCCAGCAUGGCUGGCGAAAUCAAACCUGGUGUCGUCGCGAGGGUUCUGGGUAUGAUGGCGAGAUCGCAUACAGGACUGCCAUCAUCUCUCUGGCCCUCGGAAACAGACAAGCCUGACCAGCCUCCACUGAACACAUGGAAUGUCGAUGUCUUUGUCCAAGCCCUCAAAGAAGUUGCCCCCAAUUUGCUAUGGCCUGAAGUUAUACGAGAACUAGACUACCCAGAUUUUCACAUCAAGGAUAGGAGAGGCCUUAGUCUCGUCAUUACAGCCCUUAGGUUAGGAUUACAGUCUCAAGGAUUCCCCCUCGAAAGGUUUCCUGUUGAGUUGUUCUAUCGGCCAUGGAAGUAUGCUGAAUGUCAGUUUUCUCUCCUGAAACAAAUUCUUAAAAACUCGGAUGUGUUCUGUUUUGCUGACUACCCGUCACGGACAGUACCCAUCGAAUCUCUGAAGUCUCCUCCUGAAAGCGACAACAAAGAAAUAGCCUCUUGGUGCUGUGUGGAUUUAGUAGAAACAAUUUUACAACUCGCUGAAAGAGGUCUGUUCAAUCAAGUGCAAGACCUCCUCAAGAUGCCGAUGCAAAUUUGUCCAGACAUUUUAACCCUAGCAAUCCUACAUGGAAACCUACCCAUCACCCCGUUCCGGCAAGAGCUUUUGUCAAAUCUCAUGCCAAUAUUCUUCAGCAACCAUCCUAACUCUGCGAUGAUCCUGCAUCAUGCGUGGCAUUCUCAGAGUAUGUCUGUAAAACAAAUCAUCAUGCAUGCAAUGGCUGAUUGGUGCUUACGAGGAGAUCAUGAUCAGGCUCGGCUUUCUAGAAUAUUGGACGUGGCUCAGGAUUUAAAGGCAUUAUCUCUCCUUCUAAAUGCACAAUCGUUUCCUUUUGUGAUUGAUCUGGCCUGCUUAGCAUCUCGCAGGGAGUAUCUCAAAUUAGAAAAGUGGUUGAAUGAUAAAAUCAGGGAGCAUGGAGAAACAUUUUUGACAGCCUGCAUGAACUUCUUGCAGAGGAAGGUAGCUUUUAUUUUUGGAGGACCUCUGAAGAAUGAAGCUCCAAAGUCUGCCCAGUUACCUCAUGAAACGCUAAGCACCAUUAUAACAACACUACAAAAAUACGCAGGGACUGUUUCGCAAGAUCUCUCCGAUGCGAUCACGCAGAUUGUUUCCAACUCAGCGAUGUUGCUCUGCAAGCCAAGGCAGCCUCCACCUGGAGUAAUCAGAUCUCACCAAUAAGCUUUCACGCAGGGUGCACUUUUCCAAGCCACCCCUCCAGAAUCGAUCGCCUCCCUUAGUUCCUCUUUAGCAGGCAUCAGCCUCUCAGCUCCUCCAUCUAGUACUGCGUUUAGUUUGCCAGGUGCACUAGGACCAUUAGUAUCGGACCCAGGAUCCCCAUCCCGGCUGAUACCACCCUCUCAAAACUCGCCGUACCUUCCCCAUCACCCACAACUAUCUGGACCAGUAGGGACACCAACACCGUCAAUAUUGCCCAAUGUAGGAGUUGGAAGCAUAAAUAGGGUCAGCACUCAAUCUACUGACAAAACCAAGCUGAGUGAUUCAACAAAUUUAUACCCAGAAAUUAGUCCUGUCGUCUCAAAAGAUAUAGAAGAUGAAGCCAACAGCUAUUUUCAAAGAAUUUACAAUCAUCGACCGCACCCAACUCUUCCGAUUGAAGAAGUUCUCGAAAUGCUCAAGAAAUUCAAAGAUUCUCAAAACCCUCGAGAAAGGGAAGUCUACACGUGUAUGUUACGCAACCUGUUUGAAGAGUACAAAUUCUUCCCGCAGUACCCGGACAAAGAACUUCAUAUCACCGCUCAAUUGUUCGGAGGCAUUGUUGAACAAUGUUUAGUUGCGAACUACGUUACUCUUGGGCUUGCUCUUAGAGUUGUUUUAGACGCUCUGAAGAAACCGCACGGAAGCAAGAUGUAUUAUUUCGGAAUAGUAGCCCUUGACCGAUUUAAGUCUCGUCUGAAAGAAUUCCAGAAAUAUUGCGAGCAUAUUUCUAGCAUACCUCACUUCAAUGAAUUUCCUCCACAUCUUAUAAAGUACAUUGGGUACGGCAAACAGUCGGAAGAACCGCCGAACCAUCCAACUGGACCAGUGAUACCGCCGCCUCUUGCCGGGUUGAUGACAACCAUUGCUGCAGCAUCUUUCAAAACGAUGACAGCCACAACAACCACUGCCACCAUCACAACUGCUGCAUCCAUCAAAGCUGCCAGCACGUCAGUACUUUCAACAAGACCAUCAAUCGCAAAUGCCACCAACAUUGACACACUUCUAGUUGCAACAGAAAAAGACAACAAAAUCGUUGCUCCUCCCGAAACAAUGCAAGACAAAGUAGCCCUCAUUUUCAAUAACUUAAGUCAGCUGAACCUGCAGACAAAGUGUGAUGAACUGCACGAUGUUCUUACGGAAGAAUAUUGGACGUGGAUGGCACAGUACCUAGUCAUGAAGCGUGCUAGUAUUGAGUUGAACUUUCAUGUACUGUAUUCCAAUUUCUUGGAUGUUUUUAAGGUGCCCAAAGUCAAUGAAAUGGUGCUCAAGGAAACCCAUCGAAACAUUAAAGUUUUACUGCGAAGUGACAAAGGGAUUGCAAACUUUUCAGAUCGUUCUCUACUGAAAAAUCUUGGCCACUGGCUAGGUAUGCUGACCCUGGGUCGUAACAAACCCAUCCUUCAAGUUGAUCUAGACAUCAAGUCUCUUCUCGUCGAGGCAUACCAGAAAGGACAGCAAGAAUUGCUUUAUGUUGUCCCGUUCAUAGCAAAAAUCCUCGAGUCUUGUAGUAAAAGCAAAGUUUUCAAGCCUCCUAAUCCGUGGACCUUAGACCUGAUGAACGUCCUAGCUGAACUUCACCAAGAGGCUGACCUCAAAUUGAAUCUCAAGUUUGAAAUAGAAGUCUUAUGCAAAAACCUGUCCCUUGAUGUGGCGGAAUUGAAACCUGGAACUUAUUUGAAAGACCCAGAGGUUGUCAAACGGAUCGAACAGCAACUGUCCUCCGGCCCAGCAAAGAAACCAGAGCCACCUGUUCCUCCGGCCACCAUGUUGCAAACCAACAUACCUCCUCCGACAGCAAAACCUACACCAGUAACUGCAGAAGAGGUUGUGCACGCACAGCUAGAGUCAGCGAGAGCCCCCUCUGUCACCCCUCUCAUGGCCCCACCGCCUGUUUCCUCGCCCACUCCGAUGCCCAUAAUGACUCCACCUGUCGAGCCAAGAUUCAACUACAACAGCUUAAGCGUCUCCGUAUCUGCAGCCAUUGAAAGACAUUGCAUCUUCAAUCCUCAACUAGUGUCAUUCCAAGCUUAUCCAGGCCUGAAAGGAAUGGUGCUGGUGGUGGUUGUAGAAAGAGCUGUGCAGGAACUCGUUCAUCCGGUCAUAGAACGAUCUAUCAAAAUAGCUGUGACAACCGCAGAGAUAAUUGUUAAGAAGGAUUGUUUGGGCUGAGGCCUUUACUACGGAUGAACGAAAUUGCUUGGGUGCCAACAUACAAAACAAGCGCAUUCAAUGGUGGGAUGUUGUAGCGAACACCUGGUUCAUUUGAAACUUGCAAGUUGCUACGAAGUUCCGACAAGAAGGUGACAGGGCGCGUGCUUUCAGGUAAACCAGUUGAGGUAUCCAAAUAGUCACACACACUAUUUCAGCUGCACGUUGCUGUACUUAUUCCACGAAGCAAACACAGAAGCAAUCCAGGAACAGAUCACACGCGUACUGCUGGAACGGCUCAUCGUGAACAGACUUCAUCCAUGGGGUCUAUUGAUAACAUUCAUCGAAAUGAUUAAAAACCCAACAUACAAGUUUUGGAAUCAUGAGUUUGUCCAUUGCGCACCUGAAAUCGAGAAACUUUUUGAAUCUGUCGCUCGAUCGUGCAUGGUCCAGAAAACUAACUAACUUUUUGU